GCCAAUGUAUGAGAUAUAAUUGGAACGGACAAAGUCCAGCUAAAAGUUUAUUUGUUUUCUACAAAAAAAUGAAUCAAGUUGAAACAGAGCCAUGUGAACGAUGGACAUUGAUUAGACCGGGUAUAAUGACGCAGCAUUAGGUUUUUUAACUAUCAAUUUUUGUAACUGAUAUUUAUCAUACAUGUAGUUAGAAGCACAAUCGUCUUGGAUUUUUUUCAAAAGAAAUCGCAAGCAGCUUUAAAUAAGCGAAGUUCUGGUUUCACCGCUGUGUGUUUUCUGCAAAGUAACAGCGAGUAUGGCCAGGGGAAUGACGCGGGUACUGGAGUGGGUGAUCGUCUUGUAUUUCACCAGUCACAUUCUGAUAACGAUCUGCGUCGAUUCACAAAUGAUCCUGCCGUCACGGCUGUUUCCGCAGGGGCUUCGAGAUAUCUUGACUGACCACUGCGAACGGUUUAAGGAUCCCUUGACCUGCACCCCGGAUCCCCACCCAUGGUUCCUUUCCUUUGUCUACGGUGAAUGCUUGUUGCAGUUUCCGUUCUUCUUCGUUGCUGUGUACGCCUUCUACAAAGGGAGCUGUAAGUGGAUUCGCAUCCCGUCCAUCAUCUACUCGGUCCACACUAUGACCACCCUUCAGGCAAUCCUAUCUCAGAUCUUGUUUCAGGACUUCACCAACUCCCCAUCCCCAGGACCCACGACCACACAAGAAAGACUGCUACUGUCCCUGUUCUUCUGGCCCUACGCCAUCCUGCCACUGUGUAUUCUGCUGUUGGUGUCGUUCAGCAAGGACUACAAUCCGAGUCUGGAUACUCAGACCAACGUCCGUGCCGCUCGAUCGACAAAACACAAAAUGCGUUAGGUUGCUUUUAAAGUGU